CUCAGACUCAGAGUCUUAGUCAUACGAGUCAUGGCGGAUCAGAGUCAAGCCUGAAAAGGGCAGGGAGGAGCAAAGCGCGCACUGUCAAGAGAAAACCUUGCGCACUGUCAAGAGAAAAUCUGUGGGCCAUGGGGGUGCCUGUCAUGGCCCCAGGAGCACCGGGUGGCAAGGCUCUCAUGACAACAGCGGUAGCCGCUCUUGGACAAGAGACGCUUGAGCCGACGGCGUUCCUUGCGCCGUCUGCUGAUCUUGCAUCGACUGUCAGGAGCGCUGCCAAGGACCUCUUUGACUUCACCGCAGCUUACUUGACGUCAGCAAAGGAUGGCUUGCUCAAUGGAAAGGUGGCAUUGCCUGAGCUGCACUCAGAGGGGUUCGAUGCGGAGCAAAUAUGGUUGCAAUUGGAGAUGCAAUCGCAGCCGGUUCUGGCUAAGCUGAAAAAAAGGAUCAGGAAGGUGGUGCGCAGGGCGGAGGGGGAGGGGACGGAAGCGCUGCUAUCCGUGCCCGAUGAAAAGCUUGGCGAUGAGGUGGCAGAGGGUAACGGUUUGGACGAGGAAGAGGAACUGGGUACUGGUUCAGAGAGCGGAGGAGAGGGUGGGCCAAGGUUUGAUUCAGACGACUUCGAUGAGGAAGAUUUCGAGGACGAUGAAGAGGGAGAGGGUUUGGAUGAUAGACGGGAGAGUGGUGGCAAGGCGGGUGUGUCGGGGAAGAAAGGGCAGCAGCCAGUGGAGGAUGAGUUCCUCUCAUUGGGGGACAUGGAAAAGUUUCUGCAGGAUGCAGAGGAGAGAGGGCAGAGAGAUGACGGUCAAGAAGAUGAGGAAGAGGACGCCGAAGGCGAUGAAGGCUCCGAGGAAGAGGGGAUAAAGUACGAAGAGUUCUAUGGAAAGAGAGACGGUGGUAGGAGGAAGGAGUCGAAAAGGCGGGAUAAAAGGGAGGAAGAUGACUGGGGCGGGGAGGCAUUUAGCGAUGAUGAAGAGCUGGACGAUGGAAUGGAUGACGAGGGGCCUGGACUGGAGGAGGAUGAGGAGGGAGAUGAGGAACUAGAAGUGGGUGGUGCUGAAGGUCUUUCGGCUCAUGAGAGGCGGCUUGCGCGCACCAGGGAAAGGAUCGCGCAGCUAGAAAAGGCGAACGUGGAGGAGAAAAGCUGGACUAUGGUGGGGGAGGCCACUGCUGGCAAGCGUCCACUCAACAGUGCAUUGGAAGUCGACCUCGACUUUGAGCACGCACAGCGGCCAGCGCCUGUCAUCACCGAGGAGGUGACGGCAAGCCUGGAGGACAUCAUCAAGAAGAGAAUCAUCGAGGGGCAAUUCGAUGACGUGGUGAGAAAGGCUGCGCCCGCCACCGGCGCCCCGAGAAGGAGGGAGGAGCUCGACGAUUCUAAGAGCCAGAAGGGGCUCGCCGAGAUUUAUGAGGAAGAGUACGUGAAGGCCACUGCGGGUCCUGACGCCAUCGCUGCUGCCACCGGGGAUGACGUGGUGAAAAGAGAAGCCGCCAUGCUGUUCAAGUCGCUGUGCCUCAAGCUCGAUGCGCUGUCCCACUUCACCUUCGCGCCCAAGCCCGUGAUCGAGGACGCGAGCGUGCGCGCCGACGUCCCCGCUCUCGCCAUGGAGGAAGUUGCGCCGCUCGCAGUGAGCGACGCCAACCUGCUGGCCCCGGAAGAGGUGUUUGCGGGCGGGGACGGGCGGGCGGGUGUACGCGGCAAGGCGGCGGGAGCGGUCAAAGCGGAGGGGGAGCUCACGCAGGAGGAGCGGCGAAGCAAGCGGGCGAAGUGCAAGCGCAAGCGCAAGGCCGAGAUGUCGGAAGUCGAGAAGGCGAAGCGCACCAAGCUCGCUGCCAAGGCUGGUGGCGCUUCGAACUCGGAGAUCGCCGCCGCCUUUGCCGCCAAGACUGCCACCAAGCCCGGGAAGACCAAGGCCAAAAACAAGGACGAUGGCCAGGCGAAGCCCGCGUUCACCAAGUCUGCGCAGGUGUUCGCUCGCAUCCAGGAAGCGCAGGAGGAAGCUGCCGCCAAUAAAGGGCAGAAGAGGGGGAAAGCUCUGGAUGCCGAUGAUCAAAAGGGGAAGAAGCAGUCUUUCAAGUUGUAAGAACAUUAGUAUCUUUGUUUGGGCCAGUACUGUUGCAUGUAAUUGGUCCAGGCCCAAGGUACUUUUAGAGGUUAUGGUCAAUCCAACCCCUCGGUGCACUCGUCGGACUCUAUGCAAACUGUUUGAAUGAACGCCUGGGAAGCUUCGAUGUCAAGGUCCAGCAUUGCCAAUUCCUCCGAAUCGAGGACACGAUCCUAAACUCAAUUUCCGGACUUGGACCACUUUGCGAAAGCAACUUUGUAGGUACAUAUGCCGCCAUGUAUAACUUUGGCCUUAAACGACGGUGGGCGUGUACCUUGUUCGUGCGGAUUAAAUGCUAAUGGAAUAAAUGGCGGGGGG